UUUCAAGCUCAUCAUGUGUAUUUUCAUUAAAAUAAAUAUAUCAGGUUUAUGUAGUCAUAAAUUAAGAAGGGACACUUAUGAGGCAUCCUAAAGAGAGAAUGCAAACUGUUUAUUGAAGUAAAUAAUCCCCGGCCUGAUGUCCAUAUAGAUUUUGGGAAUAUUUACUAAAAAAUAUGCUUCUUAUUUGAUUAAAGAGCUGCCUUCCUCCACAAUCAAGUCAGUCACAUUUAAUUUGUCAACCUAGCAGAUAAAGUGACUGUUUUAUAGGAUCCAGUAGACCUCUUUGUAGCACUGAUCAGACAACAAUCAGGAAACUUUGUUAGUUCGGACGGCAGGCUUUGAGGACUGCCUGGCAGGAGCUCAUUAUGCUCAGAGUGUCAUACCUUGAUGACAAAGUCUGCUGAUGGCAUGCCUUGAUGACAGAGUGUGAUGUCAACCCUUCAUGACAAAGAGUUCUGAUGUCAUAUCCUGAUGCCCUUUGGACAGCUAAGAUCGAAGUGGUAAAAGAAAGGGUUUGUAAUCGCUAGCGGAAGGGAACAACUCACAGGGCUAAUUUAUGAACACGGCACCCCCAAAAAUACAUUUUUAAAAGGUGGGCGCCAUCAGAUAUGAACGGAGGUCAACAGAGGUGCUCCGAGAUGAGCAGGGAGGCUGCCACACACGGGCCAGCAGAUGGCGUCCUUACCCUUGAGAAGAUUCAGCAGAACAUAAAAGAUUUUUUUGUACAACGAGGGCUGUUAGGUGAAGCUGUGAGAAGUUCUCAGGAGAGCAAGAAUACAAUUUUAAGCCUGAAAGACAAAGAGAGGGAUGACAAGAUCAACAGUAUCAUCAAAACCAUUGUGGAGAAAAGCAGUGGUGACAUUGCCAAGUUGCGGCAGCUCAUCACUCACUGGGACGCAGAAGAGCGGGCCAUGUCGGACUGUCACAUAGACGAAGCAUCGUAUGGCGUCGUCACCCAGCAGAAGAUCAAGAAAUACCUCAAGGAUUUUUUCUCUGAGCGCAUCAUAUACGCAGAACGGGAGGAAGAAGUCUUUUGUUCCGACGCCACUUCAACAAUGGGAAUAUUUGCAAGGGCGACCGCCGUGAUUACCAAGAAAGCACAAGACUCCGAUACCUUGGACCCUGAGGAAGAGGAUGACACUGGAAUCUUUGAGGAGGAGCUGAGCGCCUACACAGAUGAGCAAUAUAUUAAUCCGGAUACCUUUGAUGACCUGCAGACAGAAGAGACUUCCACGUUUUCCCAAACAUUAGAUGGUUCACUUUCUCCAUCUGAAGAGGCAGACUUGGGUUCUCCAUCCACAUCACCCAUUACCUUCCUCGACCAAGCUAAACAUUUGCUCUUAAAUGUGAUUAACCCUGUUGUUGACACAAUCGACACUGCAAGCAAAACAAUAGUAGAAACAAUGAAAUCUACCUUAAUGUUUCCUUUUGAAGAGAAUAAAACCAGCGAAGAGGAAGAGCCUUGUAACUCUGAGAUGGAAUCUAUUUGCAGCCCUUCCUCUACACGGACUCAAAGUUCACGUGCUUCAACCAUCAUGAGUGACAGCAAAUAUGAGAGAGACUCAGACAUCUUAGAUCAAGAGGCAGAAGAGGAUGCUUGUCAUUAUCCUGACUUUUUGGAAGGGUCAGCUGAAUAUCAACUGAGGGAUGCAGGAACUGAUACUCAGGCAGCUGACAUAAAAUUACUACAGUCUUUAAGUUUUCCCAGUGGAUUAGAAGACCCUACACAUACCCCGUGUAAUUACCUCACAAUGUUUUCAACAGAAUCCACCGAGAGCAUCAGUAAAGCACGUAACUUGGCUUGCACGGACAACAGUAGACUCAAUGAGCAGGUUGCCGGUGCAGUAGGUUUGCCAGAUCUGCUGGAGUGUGGUUCCACCCAAGGCUCUGUUUCUACUGGCUACAUGUCGCCAGAAAACAUGGAUGCAGGGUGGCCUUCAUCAGAAGAGGGUGCAUGUAAUAAACUCAGUUCACCAGAAGUCUGGCAACCAAUGAGUCCUCCAUCAGUUGCGAUAGCUGAUAGUAAAAUUAUGUCUCCAAAAGGUUGGUUCACAGAGCAGCCUUUAUUUGACACAACAGUAGAUUAUGUUAAAUCACCAGAAGACUGGGUGGAAAAGAGGCCUUCUUCUGAGGCAACAGUAGACAGCGAUUUUACCUCAGGGAAUUGGGUAAGUAAGAGACCUUCAUCAGAAGCGGAGAAAUAUGCUAAAUUUGAGUCAUCAGAAGACCGGGUUGCAAAGAGGCUUUCAUCGGUUGCAGGAGCUGAUAGUGAUCUUGGCUCACCUCAGGACUGGGUCACAAAGAGGCCAUCAGAAACAUUGGCAAAUGCUGAUCGCAAGUCCCCAGAGGACUAUGUGCCAAAGAGGUCUUCAUCGGUUGCUGUAGUAGAUGCGGUCUGUAAGUCUCCAGAAGAAUGGAUCGCAAGGAGGCCUUCAGAAUCAUUGGCAAAUGCUGAUUGUAAGUCCCCAGAGGACUAUGUACCAAAGAGGUCUUCAUCGGUUGCUGUAGUAGAUGCGGUCUGUAAGUCUCCAGAAGACUGGAUCGCAAGAAGGCCUUCAUCAGAAUCAGGAGCAUAUGCUAAUCCCCAAUCUCCAGCAGACCAGGUAACAAAGAGGCCUUCAUCAGUUGCAGUGUUAGAUGCUGAACUUAAAUUGCAUGAAGUCAGAACAGUCAAGAGGUCUUCAUCAGAAGCAGGUGCAUAUGUUGAACUCAAGUCACCAGAAGACUGGCUCACUCAGAGCCCAUCAGUUCCAGAAGUAGAGGCUGGACGCAAAUUUUCUGAAGGCUGCCAGUCGAGGAGGUCUUCAUCAAAAGCGGUUGUAGACGACCCUAAGAUGUCAGAAGGCAGGGGAUUCAGCAGGUCUUCAUCUAAAGAGCCCGAAGAUAUGUACAUGAAAGUGUCAGAGGACAGCGUUGGCAAGAAUAUUGUAUCUGACACUACAGACCUUGAAGAGACACCAUCUCUAGAACUUCACACCAGGACAUCCCUUUGGAAGAGGUGGCUCAUAAGGCGGCCACGAAAGAUACACCCACUUCUAGAGGACUGUCCUGGUACUAUCCUGGACUGUAUAGGAGCCAAACCAGCUAUCAGGCCAAUUUUCAAAAAAGUCAAAUCGAUGUGGAAGACCCACUAUGGCAGGAGGAAAAGUAAGAGGGUGAAAGCAAAGAGCGACAGAAAAGGCGAGAGAACACCAUAUCCAAUCAUUUUAGAAAACAAGACAGAAGAAGACUUGUCUCAUUCUUUUGACUCGUCCACAGUGUCAGUGACGUUACCACUGAGCGAUAGCGGCACCAAUGAAGACUUAAGCACUGACGAACAAUCUUCACAUUUUGUGGAGGAUGCACAUGACAUGACAAGUUUCUUUGAAAACAUGUUUAAGAAGGAGUUUUCCAAACAGUUAGAGAAGUCCCUUAAAAGGAGUCUCUUUGAUGUAGUCAAUGAUUCCAUUCCCGAAAAAGGAUCGGCACAUCGAGACAAAUCAAACGCUCGGCGUAGCCGACCUUAAAGAAAACAUUCCCUCAGUUCUAGGGGAGGAUUUUAAAUCUCCAAUAUUUGUGUACAGACCUGAUAUACUUUUGGCACUUUCUACAAUAAAAAUGUCU